AUGGCAGGUGGGGUUCCAAGCUUAAUCGCAACCAAGAUCCAAAACCCAACUACAACCACCUUCCCAUAUCCAAAUAAAGCCCUAGCAGCCUUCACAGCAACCCUCCACUCAGUGGGCACAAAUCUAGAAGUACCACUCCGCGACCGAGCAAGCAACAUCCAAUCCAACGCCUUAGCACUGGACCGACAACAAGUCGAACUAGCAGAGAAUACGACCCGGCUGGCGCGGCAGAAUACGCAGUGGCUGGGUUUUGCGGAUGAGACGAGGGAUGGACUUAAGGAAAUUGGGGAUGUGCAAAAUUGGGCGGAGCUUAUUGAGCGGGAUUUGUUGGCGCUGGAGGAUAUGAUGGAUUCUGUUGAGGGGAGGGAUCGGGGGUCUGAAGAUGAUUUGGAUCGGGGUGGGGCCCAGAAUGGUGAGGUGAAUGUGCAUGUUGAUGGAGCUGUUAAUGGGGAUGGCGGUGGUGUUGUUAAUGGGAAUGGGAAGGCGAAGAAGAUGGAUCAGCCGGCGAGGAGUUGGUUCCGGUGGUGGUGA